AUGCCCGAAGUCCGUGCGAUUAAUCGCGAGAAACAUUGUCCCUUCCUGCUACGGGUUUUCUUUAGCAAGGGAGUGCAUAAUAGAACUGAUGCAUUUGAAGCUUUGGAAGACAAACCAAUUGCUAAUGAGCUCCAUAUUUACACGUGGCCUGACGCAACACUACGAGAGAUCGCAGAUCUGGUACAGGACUCAAACACGGACGCUCAGAAGCCCAAUAUGCGUCUAAGUAUAUGUAUUGUGUCGGAAACUAGAGAUGGAAGAUUGCUCAUGCGUAAAAUUGGCUACGUUAAUAGUAGUCGACGUCGAUGUGCUGAUGAUCAUAAGACACUUGCUAGUGUACGUUUUCAUCCAGGUGAUUUGCUGGAUAUUGCAUUAGUGGAAUAA